UGUGAUUCUCUGAUAGUUGAAGGGGUUGUGAUAGUUUUGCACCGUCUCAUACCUUCAUAAUGGUAGAUAAUUAUCAUUCGUCAUUAGACGAGGCAAAGACACCCAUCCAGUCCGAUGGCGAUGCACCGAAAUCUGAGUUGGCCGAAACCGAUGGCCCGUCGUCAAAGUCUUCACAGAUUGCACCAACGGGGGAAUCGAUUGCAGACAGUGUUCGCAGCUUCCUUGAAAUACGCCAGGGCGCCAUUCCCGAUGACACCGGGGUGGUCUUUGACAAGAUAUCAGCCGUGGGAAGCGGAACCGGGUCGCAAGAUGCACCCACCGUCACCUCGGCGGCCCAGUCGGUCUUUGGGCUGUUGAGUCCUCUGCAAAACAGACAAAGGAAACAAUAUUCUCGACCCAUCCUCAGCGGAUUCUCGGGCACGAUCGACCCCGGAGAAAUGUUGUUGGUUUUGGGCAAGCCGGGGAGCGGGUGUACAACCUUCUUGAAGACCCUGUCAGGCCUGUGGGAUGAGUACAAGGAGAUCCAGGGUGAACUCACUUUGGGCGGUCAUCCACUGCUAGAUGUGAUGCAACAGCGGCCCCAGGAUAUUCUCUUCUGCGCCGAGUCCGACGACCACUUUCCCAUGUUGACCGUGGCGGAGACCCUGCGCUUUGCGACCAGAGCACGAUGUGGUCCCGAAGUCUCGGCCCGUAGAAUUGACACGAUGGUUGCUCAGUUGGCCAAACUAGUUGGUCUUGAAAAUGUCCUGGAUACCAAGGUGGGAGAUGCGAAGAUUCGAGGAGUCAGUGGCGGAGAGCGACGGCGGGUGUCUUUGGCGGAAGCCCUGGCCACCUGUGCCCGCCUUAUCUGCUUGGAUAAUCCAACGCACGGAUUGGACUCAUCCACCGCGGUCGAAUUCAUGGAGAUGAUGCGCGAGUGGACGACGCAAAGUCGAUGUGUGGCCGCAAUGAGCGUCUAUCAAGCCAGUGAUGCAAUUGUCUCCUAUUUUGACAAAGUACUGGUAAUCAAUUCCGGUCGCCAGAUCUUCUACGGCCGUGUCCAGGACGCGAAGGCAUAUUUCGAGGAUCUCGGGUUUGAGUGUUUACCGACCACCACGGUUGCCGACUUCCUCAAUGUGAUGUCCGCUGAUCCAGACGUGCGACGAGCCCAGGAGAACAGGGAAAGCCAGGUUCCACGAACGGCGGAGGAGUUUGAGAGUGCAUUUAGUGCGAGUCCCAUCUACCAAGAAAUGCGAUUGUCGGUGCAGGUGGCCAAAGAACGAUCACAAGCCCACCCCACUCCCCUCGUCAAAGCAUCGGCCUUUGCUCUCCCUAUCUGGCAUCAAAUUUGGUACUGUGCCGGCCGCCAAUUUCGAAUCGUCACCAGUGAUUAUAGCUUGUGGGCAGUGGAGGCUGCCACCAUCGUCGUCCAAAGUCUAGUACUGGGCACGCUGUUCCGAAACCAACAACGAACGACCAAUUCCCUGUUUAUUUUCGCGUCUGCCUUGUUCUACUCGGUUUUGGUCCCGGCCCUGCAGUCCAUGGCUGAAUUCGGCAAUGGAUUCGCUCAGCGACCGCUCAUCCUGAAGCAGAAGCGAUACCAGAUAUCCCGCCCAAUUGCCUACGCGCUCGGGUUGGUCACCACAGACGUCGUGUGGAAGGUGGCGGCGAUCUGCUAUAAUAUCCCCUUAUACUUCCUGACCGGGUUCCAGCGGACGCCCGGGAAUUUCUUCACCUGGUUCCUGAUUAUCUAUCUGGAGCAUCUCGCUCUGUCGAUGUUCUUUCGCUCGGUGGCUAUCUUCUCACCUAACAUGCAUCGGGCCGUGCUCCCUGUGGGUAUUUUCUUUAAUAUGUACGUCCUCUACACGGGGCUAUACGUGCCCGCACCACAGAUGCAAGUAUGGCUCGGGUGGCUGCGAUAUCUGAAUCCCUUAUAUUAUGCAUUUGAGUCGGUGAUGGUGAAUGAAUUCAGAGACCUGAGCUACCAGUGCAGUGCCUCGGAUCUCGCCCCAUCGGGGCCAGGAUAUACCGACAUAGCCCAUCAGGUCUGUACCGUAGUGGGGUCGCAACCUGGGGAUCGUCUCCUGUCCGGAGCGUCGUACAUUCACGCCCAGUACGGUUUCCAAACAUCCCACCUCUGGCGGAAUGUAGGAAUUAACGCGGCCCUAUUCGUCUUUUUCGCCCUUUGCUCUGGGGUCGGGAUGGAAAUGCUGAAAACACCCGCGGGCCAAUUGGCCACCGUCUUCUACAAGAGCAGCCCACGGGGACUACACCGCCGUGAUAAAAUCGAUAACGAAACAGGACCAGUCGAUGGGAAUGAAGGUUUGGAGAUAUCGCUUGGCCAAAGCAAUGACGAAAGUCGGUCGCAAGAACAUCAGGACCCCGACAAAAGCCACAAUCUUGCAUGGACCAAUCUUUGUCUCGACAUCAAAGCCAAGGAGGGCGAUAGACGUCUGCUAAACAAUCUGAGUGGCUCGGUAAAGAGUGGACAACUCAAGGCUUUGAUGGGUGUCUCCGGUGCCGGGAAGACAACCCUGCUGAAUGCACUCGCCGGUCGUUCCAUCGGGACUCUCACGGGAACGCUGGCGCUCAACAGUCAAGUGCUGCCCACGUUCUUCCGAAGUCGAAUGGGUUAUGUGCAACAGCAGGACAUUCAUCUUCCUACUCAGACGGUGCGUGAGGCAUUGCAAAUGACGGCGCGACUUCGACGCCCAGAGUCUAUCCCUCUGGCCGAAAAGAAUGCCUAUGUCGAGGAGGUGAUCAAGUGGUUAAAUAUGGAACAUAUUGCGGAUGCCCUGGUCGGUGUCCCCGGCGCCGGGCUCAACCUCGAACAACGGAAGAAAGUCAGUAUUGGCGUGGAGAUGGCAUCCAAACCAGAGAUCCUCUUCCUGGAUGAACCGACCUCGGGUCUCGAUGGCCAAUCCGCCAUGUUGAUCGCUCGCUUGCUUCGUCGUUUGGCGGACUCGGGUCAAGCUAUUCUAUGCACGAUCCAUCAACCGGCGGCCGAGCUCAUCGACCAGUUUGACAAAUUGUAUCUGCUGAGCCGCGGAGGAAACUUGGUCUAUGACGGUCCCCUGGGAACACGCUGCCACGAGGCAAUCCAGUAUUUCCAACCACGGAGUCGUCCCUGCGGCCCAGAGGAGAACCCGGCAGAAUAUUUCCUGGACGUGAUUGGGGCUGGGUCUCGCAACGACGCCCAUAUGGAUUGGGCUAGCCUCUGGAAUGAGAGCCAGCAAGGCAAGGAGCGAGAGAAGGCCGAACAAAGCCUGAUCCCCGCUGCAGAGCAAGCACCACGACUGGAACAACAGUCGUUGUAUUCGGUACCGUUCCAUGUGCAGCUGUGGGUGGUGGUUCAGCGAACGUGGCUGUAUUACUGGAGAGAACCGGAUUAUGUCACUUCGAAGCUCUGGAUGAGUGUAGGAAACUCCCUCCUCAACUCCCUCACGUACCUGCAGUCUCCCAACACGGAGCGAGGGGCGUACAACAGGGUAUUCUCUGCAUUUAUGUCACUCAUCGUGGGCCCCCCACUAGGGCUACAGGUGCAACCGCGCUUCGUCACCCUACGGGAUAUUUUCGUCCACCGCGAGCGGGAGAGCUUGACCUACCACUGGCUGGCGUUUGUCUUAUCCGCGUUUAUCGUGGAACUGCCUUUUACAUUUCUCAGCUCGCUGGUCUAUUGGCUGCUGUGGUACUUCCCUGUUGGCUAUUUCUACGCCCCCUCGCGCGCAGGAUACAGUUUCCUUAUGUACGAGCUCUUCGGUGUCUUUGCCACCAGUCUGGCUCAGCUGUGCGCAUCGCUGAUGCCCAAUAUCGAGGCUGCCUUUGCUGCCAACGGAUUCUUCUUCAUGUUCUGCAACACCUUCGCCGGCACGCUUUCGCCGAAGCCAGUGACACCUUCGGGUUGGCGCUGGUUUUACAAUAUCUCUCCCCUCUUCUACCUGGGCGAGGGCGUCACUGUGGAUGUGUUGCACGAUUUACCCAUUCACUGCGACGAGUCGGAGGUUUCAAUAUUUUACCCGGUAAAUGGAACGAGCUGUGGCCAGUACGCGCAGGAUUUCCUGAAAACCGCCACUGGAUAUCUGCUCGAUGCGACCAGCACGACGGAGUGUCAAUACUGCCGGUAUCGCGAUGGACAGUCAUACUAUCAACAAUAUGGCUAUGAUUUUGCUCAUCGGCAUCGCAAUAUCGGCGUUUUCAUCUGUUUUAUCGCGUUCAAUUUCACCAUGGUUCUGGUGAUGACAUAUCUCACCAAAACGCGCCGUCAAUGAUACAGGAUGCAUUAUAGUCUGCUGCGGCACCGGGCUAUAGGAGGGACUUAAUUUGGGAUGUUGUUUUCUUGUUUGAUAGUAGAAAAAGUAGAAAAACCAUAGAUCGCCACAGAAAUCCAAUUUGAAUAACUGUUUCUCUUCAAA